AUGUUUAUUGGAAAGGGCAACGGAGACGGGAAAGUGGAACAGCUGGCGGCCAAGUUCAAGACUCCAGAGCUGGCCGAGUCCUUCAGACGAGCGUUCACCGACUGCCAGAGCUGCAUGUCGCAGACUGACGCCGCUCAGACGUCUGCCGCCGAGGCGCUGUCUCGAGACUCCAACCCUGUGGUGUUCUUCGACAUCACCAUAGAUGAUGAGCAUGCUGGGAGAAUCGUCAUGGAGCUCUUUGCUCACAUCGUGCCCAGAACGGCGGAGAACUUCCGGGCUCUGUGUACGGGAGAGAUGGGCUUCGGUUACCGCCAGUCCAUCUUUCACAGGAUCAUCCCGGACUUCGUGUGUCAGGGUGGUGAUAUCACCAACCAGAAUGGGACGGGAGCAAAAUCCAUCUACGGAGCAAAGUUUGAGGACGAGAGCUUCGAGGUGAGGCACACGGGGCCGGGGCUGCUGUCCAUGGCCAACCGCGGCAGAGACACCAACAGCUCGCAGUUCUUCAUCACCCUCAAGAAAGCAGAGCACUUGGACUUCAAGCAUGUGGCCUUCGGAUUUGUCAAAGAUGGCAUGGAUGUGGUGAGGAGAAUCGGAGAGCUGGGCACUAAAGACGGGAAACCCACGGAAACCAUCACCAUCUCAGACUGUGGACAGAUUUUUUUGAGCUGUUCUAUGUUUGAGAUUGUGUUCCCCGAGCUCUUGUUAAAUCAGGGAUCCGUUCUUCGUACAUCGAGAUAAUUUGAUAUUUUAAUCCUGAU